AUGGCGGACGGACCCAACGAAUUUCAACUUGAACAACCUCCCUCAGAUGGAAUUUCUUCCGUCAAAUUCAGCCCUACAUCAGCAUCAUUUUUAGUGGUAUCAUCAUGGGAUACAGUAAGCUUCUUUUAUUUCAAUCAACUAUGUUUGAAUUUCGAGGGAAAACUAUUCUAAAGUCGGUCACAAUACAGAAAUUUGAUGACUUUAAUAUUAUAGGCUUAGGUAAAGUUAAGUUCUGCCGGCGGAAAGACGCUUUUUCGAGUAUAAUUUGAGCAAUAUAAUGGGAAUCCUGUGACACUAACGAUUUGACUGACAUAAAAGAAAAUGCAGCGGCUACAGAAUACAGAGCCACGUUGCUUCAUUUUGUGAGGCCUCGACAGCAGUGGCUCGGUGCCUCGCUAAUCAUGCUGAGUGUAGAAAGGACGAAAAAGAUACAAAUUUUGUUAGCAAGUAGUAUGCAAGGUAUAUAAGUAUAUUGAGAGGCAUAAGCUUUAAAGAACAAUCAAGGCGUAUAUUUUAGUGACUCUUCAGUCCAGUUAGAGUUAUAAAACAAGAGGGGUACAUGUUUAUGAUUUAGUGGCUUGGUGGCUCUUCCGUCAGGACUGGCGAGCCGCUGAGCCUCUAUUUUCACUAAUGAGCUGCUGAGUGCCUUGCAAUUUAUAAUUCUAAGAAAGUUGACCUGUAUUCUUUAGCUAUGCCAUGCCUCAAAGCUUAACAGAAAGCAGAAAGAUUUCUGUAUAGCUCCUACAUUGAUCAUGCAUGCAGUAAGCUUAUAAUAUUUCAUAAAAAUAGUCAAUAUGAAUAGAGUCAAAAAUUGUACGCAUGAUAAAUGUGCAGGGCUGUCAGAAAAUUUACCACUGUUCAGGCUCCAAAAUUGGACAUCUUUGUGGCCAGCACUAAAUCCAUUAAGUGUCCCUCUUAUAGAGAGUCAAAUAAAAGAAGUAAAGAAGUGUAAGGACCAAAUCUGGGUGUCUCUUUUAUAGAGGAGUCUGUCCUAUAGAGAUGUCCAUUAAUAAAGAGUCAACUUUGAUACUCUUGAUUUUUUUGUUCUUUCAACAGUCAGUUAGACUUUAUGAUGUUCAGAAUAAUAACAUGCGACUGAAGUACAAUCACGCUAAUGCUGCCCUAGACUGCUGUUUCCAAGAUGGUGUACAUUCAUACAGUGGUGGUCUAGACAGUACCCUCAAAGUGUGAGUUGAUUUUAUAAUGUACGAGUCGUCAGAUGAGAGAAAAUCUAGCACCAACCUUUUGACUUCACUUACCUGCCAGAAAUGCUAAAACCUAGAAAACAAAGGCGCAUUCUACAGUGUAUGUUGCUGCAAAAUGGGAGGCAGCGUGGCUAAGUGGUCAGUGCAUCACACUUGCAAUCCAGUGUUCCCAGGUUCAAGUCCUGCUCUGGUCACUUGCUGGAUUUGUUCUCAGUCAUCGCGAGUUCAAAUCCUUGGCCACACUUGUAAAUAGCCAACUACUUGCCUUCUGCCAGUUGGGGUUUUUAAUCCUGUUACGUUGGAUUUGAAUGAUUUGUUUCUAAAUAUCUGAGUGGAGUGCCUGUAAACUAGCUGGAUAAGCUAAGUUCAAAUUCCACUAUAAACAAGCCUUUAAAAUUUCAGUUGUAUUUCUGUAAGGUACACUGUUUAGCAACAGCAGCAUUUUCAAUGUUGUAUGUGCCUACCAUCGCUUUCGACGUUAUAUGUGUGUGGAUCAAUAAUUAUUUCAUGCACGAUAAGCUAACAUUUCAAAACUUGGAGGAGACUGUUACAUGUAUAAACUGUGAUUACCAUUUCAAAUAACUGUUAAAACGGUAAUCUUUGUACAAAGAUAAGAAAAGAAAUUAAUUUAAAAUAACAUUGUAUGACUUCCUGUCUUGUAAUAUCAAAUAGAAUGUUGAUUAAUCCUAUUGUGUUUUGUUCAGGAUGGACUUUAACACUUCAACUGAGCAAGUAGUAGGAAUGCAUGAGGCACCAAUAAAAUGUGUAGAAUUCUGCCCUGCUAUUGGUAAGACCUAACAAAAUAAUUAUGAAAUGAGGUUUGUUUAGUGCCUUAUGUAAUACCCUAAACUGCGAUUAUAAACCCUGGGCUUAUACAUCUUCAUGAGGGGUUUUGGGUGGCUUAUAAAAUGGAGGGGCUUAUAUCAAAGGCUAAGCACAGCUCUGCAGUAGAUUGGGGAAGGUAUACAUGUGGUUUGAAAAAAGUCUUGCAAGGUAGUCUGAGACAAGUAAAUUUUGAUUCUGUGCAAGGAACUUUCCUUGAUCUCUCACUGAAUGGACAAGAACCCAGGCAAGUCUUGUCCCAAGUACCAGCUGAAGUUUAAUUGUUUUUUGAAGUGUUGUUGUGAGACAGUUUCUGCUCAGUGUGAACUAAAUUGACAGCCUUUGUGAGGACAGAGCUUCCCCAGACAAUCACAAGAGCCUGCACGUUUUUUUUUUAAUUUCCUAAAAAUGAACUACAGCAUGGCAGAGCGGUUAGAGUGCUGGACUUCUAAUUCAGAGGCUCUGAGUUCUAAUCCUGCCCUGGCUUCUAGCCGGGUCCCUAGUUCAAAUCCUUGCCACACUUGUAAGAUAGCCAACUGGUUCACCUCCUACAUGUACCAGUUGGGAUUUUUAACACCAUUAUGUUCCAUUGAAAUUAUUUGUUUCAUUAUCCCUGAAAAGCCUCUAGGCCUUAAGUGCGAGAGGAUAAUUAAAGUAUUAUUAUUAUUAUUAUUACAUUGUACUUGUUACUGUGAUUUCUAGGUGUGAUUGUUACAGGCAGUUGGGACAAAAAUAUCAAACUGUGGGAUCCAAGGGCAAAUCAGUGUACAGGAACAUAUCAACAACCUGAAAAGGUAUUAAAAACGAUCCUUGAGUUUUAGUCUCCGGAAAGUACCGGUAAUCAUUUUCUAUUUUAUUGUGUUGUUCAAGCUGCAUCCAGGGAGAACCCGGCAGGGCAGUUAACUAAUAAUGAAGUAUUGAGUACCAAGACAAAAGCCCAAGUGACUUCUGAUUGACUGCUUAAUUUUCCAUGCAAAUGUCCUUGUAUUUUUGUUUGAAACUAAACAAGAAAUUCUCAUUAGAUCAAGAGUCACUUACAGCUGUAGGGUCAUAUUUCAUUCACUACAUGUCAUUAUUGGGACAGAUUAUUUACAAGUGAAAUUGUUACUUCUGGAAGCAUUUGAAUUCCCUUCUUUUGAUUGGUCGUUAAAAUCAGAAGCAGGCAAAUCAAUCAUUUUUGGGCUGGUUUUUUUUUUUCAAAUGAGUGGGUGCCCAACAACUCUUCUGAUCAUUAGAUGAACUUUGCCCACACCAAUGCAAUUUGCCUGUUUCCCCAUCAGCUAAUUGCUCUGGAUAUCUCAGGAUGUUGUACAUGUAGCUUCUCAUUUCUUCAAAACAUAUAACUGUUUUAAUAUUAUUGUCCUUAACAAACUCUCCUCAGUUUUAAUUUCUUUUUGUCAGGAACUAAUAAUGUGCUGUUUUGUAGGUCUACACAAUGGCAACAUCUGAUGAGCGACUUGUUGUUGGAACAGUAAGGAAUAUUAUUUUUUAUUGAAGUAUACUUGUACUUUGUUACUUGUGUUUCUAUGUUUUCCUUUUUUGAUUGUUUGAUUAGAUUUCCGUAUGUUGUUGUCAUAAUUUUGUAUUAUUGCAGGCAGGACGGAGAGUGAUGGUGUGGGAUCUCAGGAACAUGGUAAGAACUGUUCUACUGAUACUUCGCUGUUUUGAUAUGUAAGCAGAAAAGAAUCAGGAAAUGUAAGAAUUAACAGUUUUUUAAACUUUCCCGUUGUUUUUGGCUGGCAAGGUCUUACAUAGGUGCCAUGGCAUUCUUUAUUCAGAGUUAAGACAAAAGCAGUAAUUUCAUUAUUUUUCUGGUGCCCAAAAGUUUUUGCUAUUGUUGUGCUAUUUAGUAAGACUCAGUUUUUUAACCCUCAAGACGUACCACAGUCUCAUCCCUGUCCAUUCAAGAAGCCCAUAUUUGUGAGAAGGCUGUAACUUACUUCCCAGUGCUACAAUAACUUGUAAAUUUACAGUACUUAAGUCAUACCUCAUAUGGUGUUAAUUAUUCUCAUGUAGGGAUGUGUACAACAGAGGAGAGAAUCUAGUUUAAAAUACCAAACAAGAUGCAUUAGAACAUUUCCCAACAAACAAGGUCAGUGAAUAUCAUAACAAGAUUAUAGAACAAGGUUUCAGUCAGGGGGAAAACUAAGAAUCAAUAUCAUAAUCAGUGAUUGAUUGAACAAAUUAAUAAUGAAAUUGUUAAUGGUGAAUAAUCUAUUACAGUAAAAAGAUUGCAAUUUUUUGUUAACAAUUAAAAUACAAUAAACAUGAGUAUUUUCCAGUUGUGGACUCGUAUGACAAUGUUAUGGACCUAAUAAAUGUAACGAUCAUCACAGCUGAAUAUGUAACUUAAGCAGUUGGGAAACGAAAGCCUGAAAAAAAUCAGGCUUGCCAGGAUUCAAACCCUGACUUCUGCGAUCCUGGUGCAGCACCCCUAACCAAUUGAGCUAAUAAACCAACUGGGAGGUGGUCAUUAUAUUGGUUCAUAAUUAUACUCUAGGGAAAGAUAAAGAUGAAGUAAUGAAUACAAUAUAUGUGAAUUGCUUAUAUUGGAUCUGGGGGAUGAUAUUGUAUAUGAUGAUAUGUUAUAGAUCAUUGGAUAGUGUUUAAAAAAAACAAUAGUGUUUCACAUUAGUCUUACUGAACUGCCAUGAAGUUUAGAUGCAUUUCAUAAAGAGCUAAAUUGAAUUUCUUAAAGUUCACUCUUUUAAUAUGCAUUUGUCUGAUGGUAAAUUCUUUCUUGCGUCAAAAUCCUUAGGCUAUGUGUUGAGCUCCAUUGAAGGCAGAGUAGCCGUUGAAUACUUUGAUCCAAGCCCUGAAGUACAGAAAAAGAAAUAUGCUUUCAAGUGUCACAGAAUCAAAGAGGAGGGGAUGGAAAACAUUUACCCUGUCAAUGCGAUAUCCUUCCAUAAUGUGUGAGUAAAUAAAAAUCUAUCGCAGAGUUUCCAUGUGCACAUCAGAGCCUCCAUUGCCAAAGAAAUUGGAAACCUAUCAUAUUUGUGGGGAGUUGCUCCAAUAAAACUCUUGAAUUUUCUUGCAUUUGACUUAACAACAAAAACUUUCAAAAUUAAGUUUUUGUGAGGCUUUGCCUUUACUCUUAGUCAUGCUUUGGUUUGCCCUUGACCAGUUUUUCAUUUUUGACUGGUGAAUUCAAGCGUAAAAACAAUUUUCUUUCUUUACAUUAAUUAUUUGUUACUUGGAAUAAUUUCAGACACAACACAUUUGCCACUGGUGGAUCAGAUGGCUUUGUAAACAUCUGGGAUGGCUUCAACAAGAAAAGACUCUGUCAGGUACAGCACUAACAUUAUUACUUCAACAUUCUUGCAAAUUAUUUUAUAUAAGCCAGAUCAUGCACUUAAUACUCAGGAACGCCUUGUAAAUCUGGGUGCAGGAACUGAUAUUUCCCUUCCUUUUUUUCAGUUCCAUCGUUACCCAACAAGUAUAGCAUCAUUGAGCUUUAGUAAUGAUGGCAGUUUGUUGGCCAUAGCUUCAUCAUACAUGUAUGAGGAGGAUGCAAAAGAGUAAGUCUUCAAUCACUCCCAGGAGUUAAGAAAAUUAGGAUUUGUAAACCUUAUUGUCUAAAAUCCUGCAAAAAUCAGGGUGCAAAGAAAGUCAGUUUUUUUGGUUUUGUAGCUAGCAUGUACUAGCCCAAGAGAGCGCAUUGAUAACAGUUCUUCUGCAAUUUGCCAUGUGAAAGAGGUUUCAUUUCCAUUGGUCAUGCUUUGGGGGUACUUCCUUGCCCAGCAAGAAAAUCUAUUUGUUGUAGACUACCAGAUGUGACUUUUUUCCAGCCCUCUUGCUUGUUGGAGUUCUAAAUCCUGUUAUGUUUCAUUUGCACUAGUUGUUUUGUGCCUGUAAACUAGCUACAAUCGGCGACAAAAUUAGUUAAGGCACUAAGCCGGAAAGGGGCUUUUUGAUGUUUUACUUACUUAACAAUUUCUCAACAAUUUUUUCAUUGAUUGUAGAUCAGCAGAGUGAGGUUUCAGUACAAGUUAAGAAUUUACAACAACACUACCAACUGUAUUCGGGAUCUUGAUAACCUUGAUAAACUAGGGGUCAAUUUAAUAACAUGUUAACAAGUGUAGCUACUGUUUUAAGACUGAACCUAAGGCUACCCUUGUAAAUGACACUAGUAAAAGUUUUAUUAAAUUGACCCCAUGUGCUAUUGAUAUCAGGGUUAGAGGCAGUGCUUAGGAAAGGUGCACUUGUUCCCCCUUAAAGGUAUUGAUGUGAGAAAAGGCUACAAGAAAUACAUAAUACUUUCUAUUUCAUUUUAUUUGUUUCAUCAUUAGACAUCCUGAAGAUGCUAUUUACAUACGGAGGGUUUCAGAUGCUGAGACUAAACCCAAGUAA